AUGAAUGCGUCCCACGCGACCAAGUUUCGUCACGUGGAGAACACGCGACUCGCCCCUGCGUCCAGAGUCUUGACGCACUUGCCCGUGUCUAUUCCAAGUGCCAGUUCUGAACGUCCCGCUCUUGCUGCGACAUCCGCUCACUUGACAUUUGUUCAAGAGUCAGAAGUCUACAGAGACGCGGCCGCUGUCGUGCGCGCACUAAAGACGAGACGCGUGACGACAGAUGUGGCUUUCUCGCGUUAUCGGGAAGACCUGUUGCUCUCUGCUGGCAAUGUUGUGGCGACGGUGAAGCUCUGGCGAGUGGGGUCACCGGCGGGCAGUGUAGUAGGUAUCAUGCCGCAUCCGACGGCUGAGUCGGUGUAG